UCGGUAGUGGCGGCAGUUGCGUCUCGAGCAGCGCGCGUAUUGUUUCGUUCCGUCCUAUUCGUGUACCCUCUCGUGAUAGCUACCGAAGCUUUUACGUGCCGAUCAAAUUCGUUUCUUUUUUUUUUCGUUUUGUGCUGCGUCUCCCGCCCACACGGCAUCGCCAGGGAAUUUAUAAUUACGUGGGACGUCCUAUUAAAAAGGACAGUGAGUUCGGUGAUGUUUUUUCAGUGUUAUUUUUCUGUGUUUAACGUUCGUUUAUGGUAGGGAAAUAGUUUCAUCUCGCGUAGGUUUUACCACGAAGAUUUUUCACUAAACACCCAUUGGGAUUUUUUGUGAGUUACUUCUACGCGCCGAGGGUUGUCCCAUACUGGCAGAAUACACUUUGUACCGAUCCAGACAAUAUUUCUGGAAUGACGAUCGGAGCGGCGAUGACGAGGAUUGAAAGUUACCGUUGACUCAUAGGAUACCCUGCAGGGCCACUCGCUACCAAAAUGAGCACAUCCCUGCGAAUUUUGGCACUGAUCAGCUUAGUUGCGCAGAACGUGGCUUGGCCGCAAGAUCCUGUUCCUAGGCUGCAUGUCAAACAUCGCGAGGUGAUUGGCCAGCGGUUCCUAGGAAACGAGAGCCACGUGGAGCACUUCAAGCUCCUAGAGCGCGCGACCACUUCUAUCCUGAUUGGCGCCAGGAACGCCAUUUACAACAUAAGCCUGCACGACCUAACGGAGAUCGUCGAUCAGAGGUUGCAGUGGUCCAGCAGCGGGGCACAUCGUGAACUUUGUUAUCUGAAGGGACGUAGCGAGGACCAGUGUCAGAAUUAUGUACGAGUAUUCGGCAGACAAGGGCCUGAUCGAUUUCUUGUUUGUGGAACGAACGCAUACAAGCCGCUCUGCAGGCAAUUCACCAUCAAGGAUGGAGCGUACGCGCAGGAAAGCGAUAUGGAUGGGCUGGGACUGUGCCCUUACGAUCCACGGCACAACAGCACUGCGGUGUUCGUCGAGGGGCAGCUGUACGCAGCGACAGUGGCCGACUUCUCCGGUGGCGAGCCGCUGAUUCACAGGGAGAAGAUCCGCACCGAACGUUCCGAUCUCAACCAGCUGAACGGACCGAACUUUGUCAGCUCGUUUGCGUACGAAGAUUACGUCUUCUUCUUUUACCGAGAAACAGCCGUCGAGUACAUGAAUUGUGGCAAGGCAGUGUACUCGCGGGUCGGUAGAGUGUGCCAGCACGACAAGGGCGGACCUCAUGCGUUCAGCGACAGAUGGACGAGCUUCCUGAAAGCGAGGCUCAACUGUUCCGUGCCCGGCGAAUACCCUUUCUAUUUCAAUGAAAUACAGUCAACGAGCGACGUCACGGAAGGAGUUUACGCCGGCGAGCGUGCCCGUUUGGUUUAUGGGGUGUUCACAACCCCUGUGAAUUCGAUCGGCGGUUCGGCCGUUUGCGCUUUCUCCAUGAAGAACGUCCUCGAAGUCUUCCAGGGUGCGUUCAAGGAACAAGAAACCAUAAACAGCAACUGGUUGCGAGUACUUCCGGAAAAGGUGCCCGAGCCUAGACCCGGUGCAUGCGUAAACGACUCCAGGACACUUCCAGACGUGACCGUAAAUUUCGUCAAAGCGCACCCCCUCAUGGACGAUGCGGUCCAAUCCUUCUUUUCAUUACCUGUGAUAACUAAAGUCAGCUUCAAUUACAGAUUUACCAAAGUCGCCGUGGAUCCUCAAGUGAAGGCGUUGGAUGGCAAAGCCUACGAUAUCCUGUACGUCGGAACAGACGACGGCCGAGUUCUCAAAGCGCUCAAUACUCGAGCGCCGGAUUCUCUGAACAACGUUAGCCAGGUCAUCGUCAGCGAUGUUCAAGUACUCAAGUACGGACAAGCGAUCAAGGAUCUGUUGGUGGUCCACCUGGCCGGCGAGGCGAGCAAGUUGGUCGUGUUUGCUGACUCCGAAAUUCGUGCGGUACCACUGCAUCAUUGCGACGCGGCAGCGGCGGUCACCUGCGCGUCUUGCGUUGCACUUCAGGAUCCACAUUGUGCUUGGGACGCUACGAAGAAUCUGUGUGUGGCCGUGUCGACUAAGCUGCACGACAGCGAUGCUGACAAAACCCUCUUCCAGGACAUUAUGAACGGCAGACACAAGGGCUGCGGCUACGAGCAAGAGAUGGUGAAGCCCGUGCAACCAGCGAUUCUGCCCGAAAACGGGCGAGGCGAGCAGCCCGAUGAACGGGACAAUGAAAUCGUCAUCGAGCUGGAUCGAGAAAAUCAGUACGGUCGUACGCAGCCACGAGCUAACGAGCCUCAAGACGUGAUCGCAACACCGGUGGUGUACUCCGCUCAGACUCUGACCGGUGCCCUGAUAGGAACCUGCUUCUUCUCGCUGGUAGCCGGAUUCGCUUCCGGUUUCUGGUUCUCUCAGAGGCUACGCAGUGCCCCUUACCCGGAACCGUCGGAGCAACGACAACAACUGAACCGAUUGACGGAAAGUUCGGAAUCUCCGGGUUUCAACAACAAGUCGAUCAACUUGGUGCUGAAUGUACCACCCAAGAAUCCAAAUGGCAAGAACGCCAACUCGUCGGCGGAGAACAAGCCGGUGCAGAAAGUGAAGAAGACGUACAUAUGAUAUAGAAGACGACACAGGGCCGUCUGAGGCUUGCCGCAGGACCCCACGGGUUCCGGCUCUUCUUCUUCCUCCUCUUCCUCCGAUCUCGCGGAAUCAGACGAUCGCAACGACGACGACGACGACGACGACGACAACGACGACGACGACAACGACGAUCAUCUGGAUAACGUCGACGAGGAGAAUCGGUUGGCACGUGUCACCGCCGGUUCCCUGCUUGAUCAUCUGGCCAGACGUGACG